AUGUCAUAUAAUCACAAUGGUGUCAAAUCAGCUAAAAUGCGUGGCAGAUCGGUCAAAAUUAAUGAUAAACAACUGGUGGUAGUGGAUGAUUUGUGGCUAUGUCUGCGUCAAUACACUGUGUCAGAGCUAUGUAAAUUCAGUGAUCACUGA